ACUUUGUUGUCAUUUCAAUUCGAAUUGGCUGCGUCCGUGAAACCUUUGAUAUCUUGCGCAUCGCGCAAGAUACAAUACCUCCUGAAUAGAUAUGGCAAACCUACGCUGGUCAUUCGUAAAAAAGGAACGGAGAAAUUAGCUAGACUACACCAAAAGUCUCACACAUAAUUAAAGCUUGCAAGGAAGCUCGAGAAAUCUGCAACAUUUGCUCGUCCACAUCGAAAAGAUUUGCUUAGACAAUGGCUUUCGCUUCGAACGAUGUGAGAAUAACCGAUGAAUCGAAGGAAUUGUACUUCGACAAGCAUGUAGAAUAUAUUGCAAACCAUGGCAAUGACAAGAACGAUUAUGAGUAUUGCAUGACCGAGUUCCUCCGUAUGUCCGGAAUAUACUGGGGUGUAACCGGGCUUGAUCUGAUGAACGAACUAGGCCGAUUAGACAAGCGCUCGAUUAUAGAUUUCGUCAAGAAGUGUCAGUGCCCGAUAACGGGGGGCAUUGCGGCGUGCGAAGGGCAUGAUCCACAUAUACUCUACACGCUGAGUGCGGUUCAGAUCCUGAUCAUUUACGACUGUCUGGACGCCAUCGAUACGGACAUGGUGGCAAAGUAUGUGGCCUCGCUACAACAGCUCGACGGAAGCUUCUUCGGUGACAAGUGGGGCGAAGUAGAUACCCGAUUUUCCUUCUGUGCCGUGGCCAUUUUGAGUCUGAUCGGUCGAAUGGAUGUGAUGGAUGUGGAAAAAGCUGUUAGCUUUGUCAUGUCCUGCUGCAACUCGGACGGUGGCUUUGGAUCGAAACCGAACGCCGAAAGCCAUGCUGGGUUGAUAUAUUGUUGUGUUGGCUUUCUCUCAAUUACGGACCAACUGCAGCAGCUAGAUUGCGAGCGGUUGGGUUGGUGGCUCUGCGAGCGACAGCUUCCGAGCGGUGGCCUAAACGGACGACCCGAGAAGCUUCCCGAUGUCUGCUAUUCCUGGUGGGUGUUGGCUUCCCUCACAAUCAUCGGACGGCUACAUUGGAUCAGUUCGGAAAAGUUGGAAAAAUUCAUCCUGUCGUGCCAGGAUGCGGAAACGGGUGGAUUUGCCGAUCGUACUGGAAACCUGCCGGACAUUUUCCACACCCUAUUCGGGCUAGGGGCACUGUCGCUGCUCGGUGACAGGCGAUUGAAGCCAGUCAAUCCCACGUUCUGUAUGCCCCAGUAUGUCAUCGAAGGAUGCAAUCUGAAGCCAAAAGUCAUUGUGCUGUAGACAGUGGCCCAAUAAGUGCAAUGGUUGUUUUAUUUCACUUCAAUCCAACUACUAAAGUGAUGAAUGAACAAUGGAAAUGCUCUUUCUUUUAACAUUAGUAUGCUUAAAUAAUAAAUGACAACCAUGCAAAGAUCAACAGAAA